AAACGAGUGGUCGUGCUCUGUUCUUCUCUAUCCUCCAAAGUUCACACCUUUCCCUCUCCUCCUGCAUUAUCUCCACCGUUUCACGUUUCGUUUCUUCUCUGAAUCGCAAUUCCACUUCUGGGUUUUUCGUUCCUCCCCUAAAUCCCCCAGAAAGUUGGUUCCUUUACUCCAUUUCCUCUGUUUUCGUCCACUUCCAUGAAACUUAACAUGACGCCACUUUCCUCUGAGCUCGUUGGCUUCACCAUCCCUUUCUACUCCAAAACCCAUAAACACUAUCCCUUACUUCACAACCGAAGCUUCUUAACCUGCUCUAACUCUAACCUUAACCACGUCAAUGUCAAACCUUUCUCAACCAAUCUCCAAUCCUCCACAACAGACUCAAGACAAACGUCACAAACCCAUUCACAGUCUCUAGGGUUUAGAGACACCCAAAUGCUCAAAAUGUUCCACCGUUCAUGCCGCACAGGCAACUACAUAGAAGCUCUGCAUCUACUCGAGAGCAUGGUGCUUAAAGGCUACAACCCCGAUGUGAUCCUCUGCACGAAGCUCAUCAAAGGCUUUUUCAACCUCCGUAACGUCCCAAAAGCCGUUAGAGUUAUGGAGAUUCUCGAGAAGUUCGGACAGCCUGAUGUCUUUGCUUACAACGCUUUGAUAAACGGGUUUUGUAAGAUGAAUAGGAUCGAUGAUUCUACUAAAGUUAUCGAUAGGAUGAGGAGUAAAGGGUUUAGUCCUGAUACUGUGACUUAUAAUAUAAUGAUUGGUAGUUUGUGUAGUAGAGGGAAGCUUGAUCUUGCUUUGAAAGUUUUAGAUCAGUUGCUUGGUGAUAAUUGUCAGCCUACUGUGAUUACUUACACGAUUUUGAUUGAAGCGACGAUGCUUGAUGGGGGUGUUGAUGAGGCCUUGAAGCUGUUGGAUGAGAUGUUGUCUAGAGGGUUGAAACCUGAUAUGUUUACUUACAAUACAAUCAUCAGAGGGAUGUGUAAAGAAGGGAUGGUGGAGCGUGCUUUUGAGAUGAUUAGGAGCUUGGAGCUUAAAGGCUGUGAGCCUGAUGUGAUCUCUUACAACAUCUUGCUUAGAGCGCUAUUGAAUCAAGGGAAAUGGGAAGAAGGAGAGAAGCUGAUGAGUAAGAUGUUCUCUGAGAAGUGUGAGCCUAAUGUUGUGACUUAUAGCAUUCUGAUUACUACUCUAUGCCGCGAUGGAAAGAUCGAUGAAGCGUUGAAUCUCCUUAGGCUUAUGAAGGAGAAAGGGUUGACGCCUGAUGCUUAUAGCUAUGACCCUUUGAUCGCUGCGUUUUGUAGAGAAGGUAGGUUAGAUUUAGCUAUCAAGUUCUUGGAAACUAUGAUCUCUGAUGGAUGUUUACCAGACGUUGUGAACUACAACACUGUGUUAGCUACAUUGUGCAAGAACGGAAAAGCGGAUCAAGCGUUGGAGAUCUUCGGGAAGCUAGGCGAAGUAGGCUGCUCGCCGAACUCUAGCUCCUACAACACGAUGUUCAGCGCGCUGUGGAGCAGCGGAGAUAAGACCAGGGCGUUACAAAUGAUAUCAGAGAUGUUGAGUGACGGGGUCGACCCCGAUGAGAUCACUUAUAACUCUAUGAUCUCGUGUCUAUGCAGAGAAGGGAUGGUUGAUGAAGCUUUUGAGUUGUUGGUUGAUAUGAGAAGCUGUGAGUUUCAUCCAUCGGUUGUUACUUACAACAUUGUUCUUUUGGGAUACUGUAAAGCUCAUAGGAUUGAAGAUGCUAUUGAUGUUCUUGAAUCAAUGGUGGAGAAUGGGUGUAGGCCUAAUGAAACCACUUAUACAAUGCUUAUUGAAGGGAUUGGAUUUGCUGGAUAUAGGGCUGAAGCUAUGGAGUUAGCUAAUGAUCUGGUUAGGAUUGAUGCUAUUUCUGAGUAUUCUUUCAAGAGAUUGCAUAGGACUUUCCCUUUGCUUAAUGUUUUACAGAGAUCCUCUCAGACAUUUGGUCACUAGGAUAAACAACACAUUAUGUUCAAAUGAAUCAGAAACAAAGGAUAAAACUAUGGCUCUGUUCGUUUAUAGAUAACUGCAAUUGCAACCUAAGGUAUGUAACUAGUUGCAAAUUGCAGUUUGUUAUUCUUUUUGCUGUAAUAAACAACUCAUGCGACAAAGAAACAAACAAGAUUUGAUCAUAGGUUCGUGUCUGAAGCCUAUAUUGUUCCUU